UGCUGGAGUAGCUCACUCGCUACCUGUUCGAUGUCUGAACCGCCCCCCUGAGAAUAAAAUAUUUAUUAAUUCCUUCUCUCUUUCUUUUCUUCGCUAUCGCAUUUAUAUACACUUCACAGGCCUACCUAUAUAUACAGCACACGCAUAUCCCUCACUGCUUCAAUUCCCAAAACCUCCAACCUAAGAAAAAAAGAAUACAACAAACCUUCGGCGGAGAAAGGAAAAAAAGAAAAAAGAAUCGACCAUGUCUUCCCCAAGCAAGCGCAGGGAGAUGGAUUUAAUGAAGCUGAUGAUGAGUGACUACAAGGUGGAGAUGAUCAAUGAUGGCAUGCAAGAAUUUUAUGUGGAAUUCCAUGGACCUAAAGACAGUCCUUAUCAUGGAGGUGUGUGGAGGAUAAGGGUGGAGUUGCCUGAUGCUUAUCCGUAUAAAUCUCCCUCAAUCGGUUUUGUCAACAAGAUUUACCAUCCCAAUGUCGAUGAAAUGUCAGGCUCUGUUUGUUUAGAUGUUAUCAAUCAGACAUGGAGCCCCAUGUUCGAUCUGGUAAAUGUCUUUGAAGUGUUUCUUCCUCAACUUCUUUUGUAUCCCAACCCGUCUGACCCGUUGAAUGGAGAGGCUGCUGCUCUUAUGAUGCGUGAUCGAAAUACUUACGAACAAAGAGUUAAAGAAGCUAUAGACUUCAGAAGAUUAUUGGCGCUAAUGAGGCGCUUUAAAGGCCAUUUAUGUGAAGGGGACAAAGGCCAUUUAUGUUCUAUUGAGUACUGUGAAAAAUAUGCCAAGCCAGAGGAUGCUGGUGCUGCACCUGCAGAAAAAUCUAGUGAUGAGGAGCUGAGUGAAGAUGAAUAUCCCUCCAGUGAUGAUGAGGAAGUAGCUGGCAAAGCUGAUCCUUGAGGGAAUGAAUCUAAUGACAUCUUUAACUGUGUGUCUGUACAUGAAUAAGUCUAAUCAUAUCAGAGUUUCAUUUGCUGGAUGAAUUGGUGAUGCUUGUGUUUGAAAUUUGUACCAUUAUUGUUCAUAUUGAUUCAUUCUGGCUUAUAAAAAAUUUGUUUUGGACUUAACGCA